AACAAGACGUCUGUAACCAUGGCUAGUUCUGACGUGAAACCAAAAUCAAUCAGUCGUGCCAAAAAAUGGUCGGAAGAGAUAGAAAAUCUGUACAGAUUUCAACAAGCAGGGUAUCGGGAUGAAAUUGAAUAUAAACAAGUGAAACAAGUUUCUAUGGUAGAUCGUUGGCCAGAGACUGGAUAUGUGAAGAAACUUCAGAGAAGAGACAAUACUUUCUAUUACUACAACAAACAGAGGGAGUGUGACGACAAGGAAGUCCACAAAGUGAAGAUUUACGCUUACUAGGCCUUUGUUCUUUGUACGACUUGUCAUUAUCUUUUAAGAUUUCAUUGUUUCAUUCUUCAUCAUGUCAAUGUUUGUCAUUUUACAAAAUAAUUCAAAAUGCAGACUUCAAUUGAAUGUGCUGAAACCCAAAAGCCAUAAAAUGUGGUAAUUAUUAAUCAUCCUGUUCUGUUCUAAAAUAUAACUUCAGAAGCAUUAAAGUGGUACCUUGG